AUAUGCCACGUAUGUUGCGUGGGGUUGACGCGGUCCGCUGUUACUCUUCCGCCAUCUAUAAAUGGCAGCAGAGUUAGGUUUAGUCGAACUCGACCUCGUCGUUCUUCUUCUUCGCCGGAGGAGCCUUGUCGGAGAACCUGAAAUCCAGUGUGGUGGAAACGAUGGGGCUUACUUUUACGAGGCUUUUUAGCCGGCUCUUUGCGAAGAAGGAGAUGAGGAUUUUGAUGGUCGGACUUGAUGCAGCUGGAAAAACGACGAUACUGUACAAACUCAAGCUUGGAGAGGUGGUCACCACCAUCCCCACAAUUGGGUUCAAUGUGGAGACUGUUGAAUACAAAAACAUUAGUUUCACAGUUUGGGAUGUUGGUGGCCAGGAUAAGAUUAGACCACUUUGGAGGCACUACUUCCAGAAUACACAAGGACUUAUAUUUGUUGUUGACAGCAAUGACAGGGACCGUGUUUUGGAGGCCAGGGAUGAACUGCACAGGAUGCUAAAUGAGGAUGAAUUACGUGAUGCUUUGUUGCUUGUAUUUGCCAAUAAACAAGACCUACCAAAUGCAAUGAAUGCUGCUGAAAUUACUGAUAAACUUGGGCUGCAUUCCCUGCGUCAACGACACUGGUACAUACAGAGUGCAUGUGCAACAUCUGGUGAAGGUUUGUAUGAGGGGCUGGAUUGGCUUUCCAGCAACAUGGCCAGUAAGGCUUGAAACUUGUAACUAGGCGAUCUUGUGAUAUAUUGCUUGUGGAUCUAAUUAUCAGGUUUGUUCGCUUUUGUCUUGUUCUUGUACUGUGUAAUAUGAUAUGUGCAAACAAUAUGGCGUGAUGAUAGUUUUAUAACGUGAUCGUAGUAUGCUUGUAAUAUGAUAGUUUUAUAUAUACACACCUGCAAUGUUGUUCAGGUUUCUUAUCAA